AGCAUCAAAGCAAAGCAUAUUAAUCCUCCUACUAGCUAUAGCAUAUUUUGUCUUGGCUGAAAAAAAUAAUGAAGCUAUAUACAUUUGUAAUAAUUUCAACUUUAUUGCUCAUACAAUUGAGCCUAAUUCUUGCAGAUGUUGGUACUGCUUCUUCUUAUGGACCUCCAUAUAUACCUACUGCUUGUGAUGGAAAUAGGAGGGAACAGUUUCCUCCAGGAAAUAUAUUUGUGGCAGUAAAUGAAGGGUUAUGGGAUAAUGGUGCAGCAUGUGGAAGAAGAUACAGAGUAAGGUGUGUGAGUGGAAUCAAUAAGCCAUGCAAAGGUGGUACUAGUAUUGAUGUUAAAGUUGUUGAUUCUAUUGCUUGUACUAAAUCAUCUUCAUGCCCUCAUACUUUUCACAUGUCAACUGAAGCCUUUUCUGCUAUCUCUCGUUUCCCUCAUGCAAAUAUCAAUAUUGAAUAUAUCCAGAUAUGAUAUGAGAUUCCAUUAAGAGACCAUUGCUAAAUUGUUGUUGAUAGCUCCUCCAAAGUAGAGUAAUGUGUAAACACAACUAUACAAGUAUAUGAUAUGAGAAUUGAUCGAUAAAUAAUACACGUUUGUAGUCAAUACACUGUUGUUUUUAAUAGUGAGAAAAGUUACAAUUUCAUCUAGAGAAUGUUUAAUAACAUGUUUUAUUUACAGAGUAAAUUCAACUAGAAUAUAUUUGUUAAGAGGAUUGAAAUAGCUAGCUUAACAUAUGAGGUGAAUA